UUAAGAACAGGGCAUGUUUGCCUUAAGUUUUAAUACAUCUGUAUUCCAUAUGUGUCACUAGUCUCUGAAUUAAUGCAAUUUGGACAGUAGCUUUUUCACAUCCACCAAAAUGGGAUUAAAAGAAGCAGAACAAGUUUAUUGUCCUCAUCCAGAAAACACAACCUGCUCUCUACAGAAUCCGUCGCUUGCUGCCAGCAUCAUUCUCUACACCAUCUUUAUGACUGGAAUAAUUUUAGCAACAUUUGGAAACCUGGUGGUGAUCAUUUCCAUUGCGCAUUUCAAGCAGCUGCACACACCAACAAAUGUGUUGACACUCUCAAUGGCUGUUGCAGACUUUCUUAUUGGCAUAUUCAUUAUGCCUAUUAAACUGAUUCAAACAAUGGAUAAAUGCUGGGACUUGGGAGUUCAUACAUGUAUGGCAGGAAUAUUUUGUUACACAGCUAUUAGUACAAUUUCAGUUACACAUCUUAUUUUUCUAUCAGUGGACAGAUACUACGCUGUUUGUUACCCAUUACAUUAUUCCACAAAAAUAACACUUGGAAGGGCCUGGGUAUUUGCUGCAAUCUGUUGGAUUUGUUCAAUCUGUUACAGUGCUUUGAGUUUUUAUGUACAGUUUACUUUUCUAUUUAAUGAAAAAAAUAUAUGUGUGGGAUUCUGUUAUUUUGUGUUGACUAUCAUAUUUUAUAUUGUGGAUAUGCUAUUUAAUGGUGUACUUCCAUUUUCUGUCAUGCUGGUUCUUUAUUCUAAGAUCUGUAUUGUUGCAAUUCAGCAUGUAAAAGCAGUAAGAAAUACAAGAGAUGAAGCUCAUUGUGUACAAAAAAAUAAGAAAGGAUUUACAGAGAGGCAGAAUAAAGCUACAGUCACAGUAGGUGUUGUAAUUGGCACAUUUGUUUUAUUUCUUAGUCAGUUUUACAUAUUUAUCUUAUUGUCAGUAUUCAUCAAAGUGUCUCCUUUGGCUUUGAAUAUAGCUGAAUAUUUAGUUUUGUUCAACUUUGCCUUGAACCCACUAAUUUAUGGGCUGUUUUACCCUUGGUUUAGAAAGGGAUUUAAAUUAAUUAUAACAUGUAAAAUUUUUAAACCAGAUUCUUCCUUAAUAAAUUUGUUUUCAGAAAACAAGUAAACCACCUACAGUUUACCCUCAUGUUUGUUUGAUGUUUACAGUAUAUACUAACUGGAACGAUAAGGACAGAUAAGAGCUGCUCAAUAAAGAUGGUAAGCAGAGCAGCACAACUUAGUGCCUUGUAGUUUAAGCUUAUUACAUUAUAAGAAAAAAAACUGAGUUGCCUUCGCUCAAGUGAUGACGACUGAAGACACUGGGUGUAUAAAACAGGGAGUUUAACCUGCAUAAGCUGUGAAUCUUAGCAGGAAAAGCAACUUAGCUAAACUACUUAAAGAAAAAACAUUAGUAAUAUAUGUGCACAUUUGUAUUAAAUACCUAACCAUGAAGGGGUCACAGGAGAACACUGAAAAUAUUCACACUAUUAAACUUUUUAAUUACAAAUAAUUAAAACCAGGAUUAAAGUCCCUGAUCUCUGGUAAAUUAAAAAGAAAAUAUAAAUGUAACAAUGAAGAAAAUGUCACUAGAAAUAAUAGAUAUGACAUAAAUAAACUAAUAAUUUGCAAACUUUCUAGUGUUAUACAUAAAGAGCUAAGUAAACUGAUUU